GAUGGUAAAAGCAAUGCUUUUCCUGUGCUGCAUCGUGGCCGCGCUUUCCGGUGCCUCGGUCCAAGCGGCAAUCGACAUGGAAAUAGAAAACAGAGCUGUCGAUCGUACAAUAGAUUUGACUUCGCAAUUGGUGAAAAUUUCCUAUAAAAUCACGCUGGAACACAAGUCGAAAAAGCCCAUCGAUACCUAUCUCUUCCUGGUGCCGGAAGCAGAUCGCGAACGGUUGGCCUUUAUUUCGGCGAAGGAUUCAUCGAAGAAGGAGCUGAAGCUUACGGAAACCACGACCCCCAAGGGAGUGACGUUCAGCAUGACACUACCGGCCGGUGCAUCGAACCCGGUCGUGUACAUCGAGACCGUGUUCACGAAAUCUCUAAAACCGUUCCCUUCAUCCAUCGGUCAAAGCGAGCGGCAGCUGGUACAGUACUUUGGCAAUGUUUACGUGUACUCCCCAUAUCCGACGGUAACGCAGAAAACGACGGUACAUCUGAGCUCUCGCAAUGUGGAAAGUUACACCCAGUUCAAGCCGAGCACACAAGCGGACAGCACAAUCACGUACGGACCGUACGAUAACGUGGCAGCCUUCUCUCACGAGCCCAUGACAAUUCACUUCGAAAACUUCACGCCAUUCCUUACCGUAACUCGGUUGGAGCGCACGAUUGAGGUAUCGCACUGGGGUAACAUUGCCGUGGAAGAAACGAUCGAUAUCGUCCACUCGGGCGCGACACUUAAGGGAGCAUUUUCGCGCUACGACUACCAGAAGGAUGCUCGCUCUAAUCAACCCAGUGUAAAGUCCUACAAAACGUUGCUACCUGCUUCCGCUACCGGUGUUUACUACCGUGACACAAACGGCAACAUUUCUACCUCGGCUCUCCGCACGCUGAAAGAUGCGGUCGAGCUGGAUCUGCGCCCACGUUUCCCACUGUUCGGUGGUUGGCGCACACACUACACUCUGGGCUACAAUGUGCCAAGCUUCGAGUAUCUAUUCCAGAACGGUGAUAAUUUCUUGCUCAAGAUGCGUGUAAUCGAUCACAUCUUUGACGAUAUGGUGAUCGAUGAAGUCGUGACCAAGAUCAUACUUCCCGAAGGAUCGAACAACAUCAAGCUGAUCGCACCGUACUCGAUUUUGCGACACCCGGACACGCUGCACUACACGUACCUAGACACUUUCGGACGGCCGGUGAUUUCUUUCAGCAAGCGCAAUUUGGUCGAAAAUCACAUUAACGAUUUUAACCUGAAGUACAACUUCUCGCGCGUUAUGAUGCUGCAGGAACCUUUGCUGGUGGUCGGCUUCCUGUAUGUGCUGUUUGUGUUUGUCAUCGUUUGGAUGCGGUUGGACUUUUCUAUUAUCAAGGAGAAAGAGCCACAUCAGCACAAGGAUUAAAACACGAUGGAAGA